CAUGGUUUAUAGCACAAGAGAAACCCAUGUGUUGAAAAUCAUCAAAUUCUGAGAACCCUCAUGAUUCACCUUUUUGCCUGAUUCUUACAGAGACUUGUACUUAAUGAAACGAAUAUUGAAUUAUAACAAAUGCAUUAUAAACAUUGCAUAUUAUGGUGUCCGGAUAGGGCCAUUUGCAAAAGCUCAACAGCGCGUUCAGAAAAACACGCCGUCGCGCUAACACACAACACGCUGUCACGCUAACACAAUUUCGCACAACACGCCGUCGCGCUAACACACAACGCGCUGUCACGCUAACACAAGUUCGCACAACACGAUGUCACGCUAACACACAACGCGCUGUCACGCUAACACAAGUUCGCACAACACGAUGUCACGCUAACACACAACGCGCUGUCACGCUAACACAAGUUCGCACAACACGAUGUCACGCUAACACACAACGCGCUGUCACGCUAACACAAGUUCGCACAACACGCCGUCGCGCUGUCACACAACUCGCUAACACAACUUUGCACUCACAGUCUACAGGGAAGUCGUGUACGGAAAUGCGGACUGCGCAUGCUGAUUGAACUAAUACACGUGUAAUGGAGGGAUAUUCGUCUUUGACCAUGUCAGAAAACCCAGAGGACACAACUCGAGAAGACCUCAUUCGAGAAUACUUUUAUGGUGGAUACACAAAUCUGGAGAUAUGUGGUAUCCUGCUCUUGCGACACAAAAUAGUAAUAAGUGUGAGACAUCUGAAAAGGAUAAUGGCAAUGAUGGGACUUAAAAGACGGAUGCUGCAAAACACUGUUGAGGCAUCUUGUGUUAUCAUGGAAGAACUGCAGGGAAGUGGUUCUUCUCUUGGAUGUCGUGGAUUACAGCGUCGUCUUUUAUCACAUCAUGGACUUGUGGUUUCAAGAGAACAAGUUUUAGCCAUUCAAAAGGAAUUGGACCCUAUUGGUGUUUUGGAAAGAAAACAGAGGCGUCUAAAGAGAAGAGUAUAUCAUAACAAAGGACCUAAUUAUCUUUUACAUGUGGAUGGGUAUGAUAAGCUUAAGAGGUUUGGAUUUGCUAUUCAUGGAUGUGUUUGUGGAUUUUCAAGGCGUGUGUUGUGGCUAAAAGUAGGCAGAUCAAACAAUGAUCCCAGGGUGAUCGCUUCAUAUUUUUUGGAUUUUUUAAAAGAAAUUAAAGGAGUUCCUAGGUGUAUCAGAUCAGAUGAAGGAACAGAAAACUGUAUCAUAGCUGAUUUUCAACGGGCCUUUCGGUGGUACCAUGAUGAUGAUAUGGCUGGGGAGAGAAGUUUUCUAACAGGAUCAUCACCUUCAAAUCAAAGAAUAGAACGAUGGUGGUUGUCAAACAAACAAGGUGGUGGACAAUUCUGGAUUGAGUUUUUUAGCAAUUUAGAGCACAUAGGAAAGUUUUCCACCACAAACCAUGUUCAACUGGAAUGUCUGCGAUUCUGUUUCACAAAACUUGUUCAAGAUGAUCUAAAUAAAUGUGCUCAAGAGUGGAAUCAACACAGAAUUCGACACACAAAGUCUGCAGGACUGCCUGGUGGAAAACCAGAUUUGAUGUAUUAUCUUCCAGAGUUAUAUGAUACACACAAUUUUAAGAUGGAGAUAGACAUUGCUGAUGUGGAUGCAGCUGAAGAAUUCUGCAUUCGCCAAAGUGCUUUUGGAUGUUUACCAGACUUUGAAGAGGAAUGUAAAAACAUUAUACUUGAAAAUUCCCUGUUGUUGCCAACAAAUUAUAGUGAAGCACUUGCUUUGUAUGAAUGGCUCAUAUCUUACUUAAAUGCUUGAAUAUGAUAUAAUUUUUUGCUGAUGAACACCAUUUAAUUAUCCAGCACAUGGCUGUAUGGUAGAAUAAUCUGUUAUCAGAAUAAAUUUGGAAUAAAGUUUUAAAAAAGGGAAA